UCAAUUUUCAAAACUAACCCUUUUUUAUUCUUCUUCUUCUUAUCCUCUCUCUGUAUCUAACUUGGUAAGUAAGUCUUUUUUUUUUUUUUGGUUUACCAUCAAAUGGGUCAGAGCGAAGACCGAUCGGAAAUCGCCUUCUUCGACGUCGAAACCACAGUGCCGACCCGACCCGGACAGGGGUUUACCAUAAUUGAAUUCGGGGCGAUCCUGGUUUGCCCAAGGAAGCUGGAGGAGCUCGAGAGCUACUCCACUCUGGUACGACCCGCCCACCUUUCCCUCAUCUCCUCCUUGUCCGUACGCUGCAACGGCAUUACCAGAGACGCAGUCAUUUCGGCCCCUUCUUUCCUUGAGAUUGCCGACAGGGUUUACGACAUUCUCCAAGGGAGGAUAUGGGCAGGUCAUAACAUAAUCAAGUUUGACUGUGCUCGGAUUCGGGAUGCAUUUGCUGAUAUUGGUAGGCCAGCACCAGAGCCUAAGGGUAUGAUUGAUUCAUUGGCAUUGUUGACUCAGCGGUUUGGAAGGAGAGCUGGUGACAUGAAGAUGGCCACUCUUGCAACCUAUUUUGGGCUUGGACAGCAGACACACAGGAGCUUGGAUGAUGUCCGCAUGAAUCUCGAAGUUCUCAAAUAUUGUGCAACAGUUUUAUUCUUGGAAUCUAGCCUUCCAAAUGUAUUGACAACGAACAGUUGGGUUUCUCCAAAUGCAAUUACCAGAAGUCGUAGUAAUUGGAAAUCAUCUCCUGAGGCAGCUGGCACAAACAGGAAUACCUCCUCAUCAAAUUUAAGCUCUGGAAAUGCCAUAACAUCAUCUUCUAAGGAUCAGGGAGAGGCCAUUGAUAUGGCUGAACCUAGUAGCACUUCUCGUCCAGAGACUUUUAACAUGACCCAACUUAGACAUGAAAUUCCAGCAGAGUGCCAUCAGCCAAAUGUUUCCAUGGAAGAGAAAUCCAUUUCAGAGUCAUCUGAAAUACCUUCCUCUACUGCUGUCUAUGAGGGUUGUGACAGCUCUACUGUAUUUCUAGGACCUGAUGCAGUUUUUAUUCCUUCUAUCAGUGCUUCCCUAGUUCCAUUAUAUCGUGGGACUCAAAGGAUAAAGUUAUUGCACAAAGAUAUUGCUUUACAACUUUGUUGUCAUCAUCUGAAAGUGCGUUUUGGAAUUAAUGCGAGGUUUACUGAUAAUGCUGGCCGUCCACGCUUGAAUUUUGUGGUUGACGUACCACAAAGUCUAUCUAGGGUUCUUGAUUCAUGUGAUGACAUUGCACGGAAGUUUUAUUUGGAUUGUGGCGGUAACUCUGAUUGGAGGCCUCUUGUGACUCGAAAAGAUGGCUACGUCAACUAUCCUACUGUGAGGUUGCACAUACUAACUGCAGUAUGUGGACAAAUUGCAAUAUAUGCAACUGAGAUCUAUCAAAAAGAAUGUUCUGGUUCUGUGCAAAGACGAGCAUUUAGUAAAUUUGAUGCUUCAGAACUUAUGUCUUUGUUCCCGAAAGGGACCUUCGUCGAUGCAUUCUUCUCCUUGGAGUCUUAUGAUUAUCAGCAAAGUGCAGGACUUCGGUUGGUGGCAAAAAAAUUGAUUAUCCAUUCGUAAUAGAUAUAAGAGAUAUGGGAUCUCUGAUUUAUUUCUUUGUAAAACUUGUAAGUCGAUUACGUACAACAUAGCUUCUUUUAUUGGUCAGUGGUUACAAUAUUUGGAUAGGAAGCUGGGAAUACUGAUGUAUAUGAGAUAUCAAUGCAAAAAUUUGAUAUUCAAUUUAUAUGGAAAGCUGAUUUGUAGAGGUUUAUUUA